GGACCGAGAGGGAGAGAUCCUUUUCUUAAGCGAUCCUUCUCUCUCUGCGCCCACGAAACCCUCGAUCUCGUCCUCGCCGCCCUCGUCGUGGAUCGAUUCGCAGACGCCCGUGCUCGAGAUCUUCCCGCGAUCGCCUUCUCUAGAUGGGUGGAACGGCCUAAGCACCAGGAGGCGGAGGCGGCGGGGAGAAGAGGGAUCCAUUACGACCGCCACGAGGAGGUCCGAGAAGCUCAGGCGUGGAGUCCACGAUGUCUGCCGUAGUUUGCGGGAAGAGGUCUUCUUCCAUUUUCGACGAGCUCCUUACCCCGCCGCCGGCCUCCAAGAGAGUCCGCUGCUCUGCCGGCUCAUCCUCCCCCACCCCCUCCCUCCGCCUCUCGCCGUUUCGGAUCUCCAACCCUUUGGAUCUCGGUGGCUACGGAGAAGAUCUGAUUGCGCCGGAUAAUCUCUCCCAUCUGAAGUUCCUGUUUCCCGAUAUGGAUCAGCAGCUCCUCAAACAAGCUCUUGAAGCAUCUGGAAAUGAUUUGGAUUCUGCUAUAAAGAGCUUAAAUGAUCUUCGAUUAGAUUCAUCAUACAUGUCAUUGGUAUCAGCUGUGGGCAAAUCAGAAAAUGGAACCGAAAUGAAUGGUCCUCUUUCGAGUAAAGGUAGACUUGCAUUAGGUACAUUGAAGGAAAAUGGUGUUGAUAUUGCUGGUGCUGCUGAUGCAAGCUUACCUUCUGCUGAUGUUCACCCUACAAAUGAAUGGGUAGACCUAUUUGUAAGAGAGAUGAUGAAUGCCUCUGAUAUAGAUGAUGCCAGAGCUCGUGCUUCCAGAGCUCUAGAGUUUUUUGAGAAGUCCAUUAUGGAUCGUACCAGUGCUGAAGUACUGCCAAAUCUCCAAAAGGAAAAUGUGAUGCUGAAAGAACAAGUUGAAAUACUACUGAGAGAGAACUCUGUGCUCAAGCGUGCUGUUUCAAUCCAACAUGAGCGCCAGAAAGAAUUUGAAGAGAGAAGCCAAGAGUUGCAACAUCUGAAACAACUUGUGGCCCAGUACCAGGAACAAGUUCGAACACUUGAGAUCAAUAAUUAUGCACUCACUGUUCAUCUGAGACAAGCUCAACAAGGCAGCUCCAUGCCGGGCCGCUACAAUCCUGAUGUUUUCUGACAAUCUUCCAUCUCAAGCUUGGCCAAAAGAAUCGGCAACGGUGGUGAGCUGUACCAUUCAGUUUGCCUGAUGAAUAGUGUCAUUCUCUUUAUUUCCAGUCAAAAUUAAGAUAAUUGAACCCUUUGGAUGCUUUUAAUCAUAAAUUUGUAACAUAUUCCUGUUCCGUCUGUUGUGUUGAGUUCAAUGAUAGAAGCAGUGUGUUGAGUAA